AUGGUAAUAUUGACAAUGAAGUCAAGUGAUGGAAAAUACGUGUACACAAAGGAGUUUGAAAACAGCAGCACAGUGCUUGACGUAAAAGAGUACAUAAUUGCACAGAUGUCGAGUUUAAGCACAUGUAGAAGUAAGAUUACCAAGAUUUUGUUUGGUGGUAAAGAAAGAGAUGAUUCUAUGGUUAUAUGUACCAUGGAGCCUGAUGCACUGAUUGUGGAGUAUGAGCUGUUAAUGGAAACGUACCAUGAUGCAGCCAACGUGCAUUUGUCAGCCAAUCAGAAUAAUGACAACAUGCAAUUCGUAGACGACAUACCAACCAGUGACAUGUCGAUCCGGGUUGCUGUGUUAAUUGAGCAGACACGCAAGAAGAUUAUGGUUGAGCCUGAAGACCUGGUGAUGUUUAAUGGAAAGAUGUAUCUUGUUAAGGACAGACGCAAGGUGCUCACCAUGAAAAAUAUUAUUGAUUGUGUUCGCAAGAUUGAGUUUUCUAAGGAGGAUGCAACAAAGCUUCUUGUUUUCUUUGUGUUACUAAGCACUGGCAAUGGGGCAAUUGUGUUUAUUCUGGGAUGCAUAUUUGCAUUAGAGAUUAUGAGUAGAAAGUUGUGCUCUGACUUCAAGGAUGUGUUCAAGCAAAUGGAUCAUGGAGGAAGGACGUUCUAUAUGUUCUUCGUGAGUAUGUUUGCAAUUGAUCAUGCAGUAAUGCAUGGUGCUUAA